AUGCAGCGUCAUCGUCGCCACACCCGAGUUCAAACCCAGUGCAAGCCACACACGCCUGAGCUCCAAACUCGAGGUCGACCAGUCACUCCCAACUCAGCAUCCUCAGCACCUCCCACCACACAUAUCCCUACUCAACCUGAUGCUCUCGACGCAGAGACGCCGUUGAGUCCCUCGGAGCUACAAGUCCUACGAGCCCAGUACGAAAAAGAAGGUGACAUGGUUGGCGUCCAGACAAAAUUCAACUACGCAUGGGGCCUCGUCAAAUCAAACAAUCGCAAUGACCAACAACUCGGCGUCCGCCUCCUCAGCGAUAUAUUCCGUCUUUCUCCCGAACGUCGCCGCGAAUGCCUGUACUACCUCGCCCUCGGAAACUACAAGCUCGGAAACUACGGUGAGGCGCGUCGCUACAACGACCUCCUGCUCGACAAGGAGCCCGCGAACCUCCAGGCUUCGGAUCUACGCCAACUUAUUGACAACAAGGUCGCCAAGGAGGGGCUAAUGGGGGUAGCCAUCUUGAGCGGCGUUAGCAUUGCCGCUGGGGUUGUCGGCGCAUUUUUGUUCAAGAAUGCUAGGAAAAGGUAG